AACUUCCCUCUUUCGGUGGCCAUUUUUGAUUCGAAAUCUUGAUCGCGGUACUGUAAAAACUUCAGUCGUUUACCAUCGAAAAUGGCCGCUCGAUCACAACGGGAAAAGGACCACACGAAAAACAAGAACCAAGUCAUCCUCGCUGAGAUGUUGAAGGAGGAGAGUAACAAGUACUGUUCGGAUUGUGGGGCCAAAGGUCCAAGAUGGGCGUCAUGGAACUUGGGAGUGUUUUUAUGUAUUCGUUGCGCUGGAAUACAUCGUAAUCUAGGAGUGCAUAUAUCUAAAGUCAAAUCGGUUAAUCUAGAUUCUUGGACACCAGAGCAAAUGACUAAUAUCCAAGAUUGGGGAAAUAGACGAGCUGGGAUGUAUUGGGAGUGUUUCUUACCUAAAGAUUUUCAUAGGCCACAAACUAAUUCUGCUGUAGAGACUUUCAUCAGAAAUAAAUACGAACACAAGAAAUAUGUCAAGAAGGAUGGCCUUCCUCCUAAAUCAGAUCUUAAUGUAGCCGCUUCGGCUCCAAAGCAAGAAAAGAUAACAAAGAAAAAGAAGCAGAUAGAAGACCAGACACCAAUUGUUAUCCCUAAAAUACAAGAAACAAUCAACAAGACGAAUACAACUGUACCAGUAUCAAGACCAAAGGUAACCCAACCUCAACCAUCAGCACCAGCKAUUGCUCCAGUAAUUCCAGCRACUUCCAAGCCAAACCCUCCAUCRGCAGACCUCCUGUCCCUCGAUACUCCUGCUCCUGUUGUAAAUCAACAACCUGCACAGCCUGCACCACAGCCAACAUCACUUGCUGAUGAGUUGAUUGAUUUUGGGGCAUUCCAAGGUGGACCCCAGGGUUUAAGUCAAUCACCACCAUCACAACCCCAGCAGUUGGCCAGCCUUUCUCAGAAUGCUGCCCCAGUUAACAAUGAAGAAUCACUCUUGAAAGAUGAUACAUCCACAUCUAAGUCAACAAAAGACAGUAUCAUGGCAUUGUUUGGUUCAAGCACAGGAACAUCGUCCAGCAAUCACCAACCUCAAAUGUAUGGUGUUCCAGGAGGAAUGUACAUCACUUCACAACAGCAACCAGCAAUGCAGAAAGCACCGCACACCAUGAUGAAUGGUCCUCACAUGCACACUGGACCUUAUCAACAUCACAUGAUGCCCAUGCACAUGCCCCAACAACGUCUAAUGCAGCACGCAACUCCACAGCAACAGCAGGCACAGUUGUCACAGAUUCAAAGUCAAAUGCAGCAACUAAAACUCCAGAAAAAUCCACAAGCACAAUUUCCACAAAUGCAACAGCAACCAAACCAGUUUAAUAUGUACAAUAGUAACCAAACCAUGUUAGGUCAACAGCAAGCCAUGAACUUAAUGACAAACCAACAUAUGAUGCAUUAUCAGCAACAACAACCACAAUUUGUCAGUACUGGACCAGUCUAUAACGCCUCACCCAUGGCUGCCAUGCCGACAACUGGCCAUACCUUUAAUAAUCAGUUAUGGAAGUGAUAUAUAGAUGACACAGAUAGUUUAACCAUAUGUACACACCAUAAUAACAAGGAUAGGAUUUUCAGUUUGGUGUUUGAUUGGCAACUUGUACAUACUAGUGAUUUAACCAAGAAGCCUUUCUAAAUUAUAUUUUGGGAUAGCUAACAACCUUACACCACACCAAGCUUUUUCCUAAAUUAAUUUUAAUAAUCAUCAAAUCAUCUAUCAUCAGAAACUUUGUGUUACAUUUAACACAAUAGAUGCUUGAUUAGUUUAAAGAUUCCUUUACUUUUGAAGUAGAAAAUGCUUAUGGAAAUUUAAGCCUUCUUCAAGGCUUGUUUUAGCUUUGGCACUCAUCCUUUGUUGUUUAAACUAAAGGAAAAGCCCAGCACCACGCAUGGCUGCAAAUAAGUCAAAGCCAAGUAGAAAAAGUAUCAAUAAUUCUUUUCCCAAAUACUUAAUACCUAGGUUUUAAUAAUUAUCAAACAGAAAAAUGUCCAAUUGUAUAUCCCCAGAUUAUUACAGACUUCAAGAAUUAUAGAAUUUAUCACGCAUUUGACUACAACAUAUUACACAUUUUCUCAUGGAAAUGUAUUUUUGUUCAAAAUACAAAUAUUGUACAAACAUUUUAACUAGUACAAUUAAAUAUGGACAUAGAAGGACAUACAAGUAGAAUGAUGAAUAAUUUAGUAGGCAAAACUUCUCAUAAUCUUUGUAUGUCUUCUUAAGGCAUGUAAAAGCAACAAUAGGCAAUCAUCUCAAGACUGUUGUAGGGAAUUAUGCCAAAAUGACCAUUUUUUAUGUGUUUUGAUUGUAUAAAGCUACAAAGCAACUUUACUUUCAAAUAUUUGACUAAAUUUUCUUCUUUUUUGGUCAUUUUCUGCCUUUUGUAAUUAAGUGUUCUUGAUAAAAUGGAGUUGUACGGCUGUCAGUUCCAUUUACUGUGUCCAGUGUACAUUCUGAGCACACUUCGUACAUGUACAUUUAACAAACAUAAAAGUUCACACUCUUUUGCUUUGCAAACGUUAUUCUUUAAUACURAAAGUGGUUGUGUACACACAUUGUUUACUGUAAUGACAUCACUAUCUAGCUCUGUAAAUGUAAAAUUGAACWUGCGAACCCCAUGAAAGUCUUUCUUCAGGAAUUAGUUGCACUGACUUUGUCRUUCUUUAGAAUUUAAUCAAAAAACAAUCCAUUCAAUGAAGCUGAUAAACAUUUUGUGUAAAGCACAGAGAAAGCUGUCAUGGGUUGUGCUCUGUGACAGUUUUUAUAAUGAUUGUACAAUAUAUAGUAGUGUAGGUUAGGAGUGUAGAAUGGCAUAAGGAAAAGAAACUGGAUCACAUCUUUACAUCCGUUUGUUUUCCAUAUAAAAGGACCAUUCUAUACUUCUAACUUUGAAUCAUAUUAUAGGCAUUAAAUGUAUGUGUAUAUUACUGGAUUUGACGAAUAAAAAGACAAACAACUGAA